AAAAAAGUUGUCCUGUUUUAAGGAAUUCAAGAACAAAUGACUGGUAUUGCUUUUUCCUGUUCCUUAAAAAAAAAUUACUUCAAGUCCUGAAGAAAGAACAAGAUCUCAGUGAAGCUCUGAACUGGGAGGAGAAAGCUUUGGCAUUGUAGGAUUAAUAUGAUAAAAAGAGAGCUAGUCAAGGAGCAGGUUCAAGUGGAUGGCAGUCCAGAGGGAUUUCAGCAAGUGUGCUCUCCUGUACAGCAGGGCCAAGGAGAAGGCUAUCUCCCAGCAGCACAGCCACAGACACUGGCCCAUGGUCAGCAGCCUCAGGGGGUAGGCACAGAGCAUAUCCAGCAGCAGAAUCAAACAGUACAAGGAGGCAUGGCCCUAAACAUGAAAUCACAGCAAGUGGAUAAGGGGCGGGAGGCCCUGGAAGUGACUGUACAGGUGAGGCUUCAGAAGUUGGGCGAGGGAUGGGAAGCCCCAGAAAUGACAGUGCAAGUACAGCCUCAGAAGCUGAGCCCAAGGUGGGAGAUGCCAGAUGUGACUGUGCAGUUGCAGUUAGAGCAGCAGGGCGAAGGAACAGCUCUCCCACAAGUUACUCUGCAGGUACAGCCAAAGGUGCAGGAACGAGGAAUGACUGAUCUCAAGGUCACUGUACAGAUGCACUUUGGCUGUGAGCCAAAAGAGGUGAGCUGUAUGCGGGACCAAGGUGAGGAAAUACUAGAGAACGGAGAGCAGCAGACACUAAAUGAAAAUCAAGGAGAGUCAGUAGCAAGAUCUGAAGGUAAGAGAGAACUGGCUGUGAUGGAGCUGGUUCCACAGGGAGCUCAUAGUCAAAAGCAGGAUCAAGAAGGAGAGGUGUUAAAAUUCCAGCAUGGACAAAGCCAAGAAGAUGGGAGAGAAGCAGCAAUGGAGAUACAGGCUGAAAACAAAGCAGGCCUGCAUGGUGAGGUGACAGAUCAGCUAUAUGACCAAAACCAAAAGAAGGAAGAGCUGAAAGCAGACCUAUCACUGCAGCAGGAAGGUCACAGAGAUACAGAGAUGGAACAGGGCCAAGGUGAUGGCCAAGUAGGGCCCAAAGUGGUGACUGAAGUUGAACAAGAAGGCCAGGAGCGAGAAGUGCUUAAGAAGCGCCCACGAGAGACUCCAAAUUACUUUGUCUCUAUACCAAUAACAAAUGACCAGAUUUUGGAUAGAAUUGAAGAUGUCCAAGAGCUCAUAUUCACAAAGGAGCCUGACUUGUUGAGAGCUUUUCUUCCUGUUCAGACUAUGCACCUAACUGUAAUUGUUGCUCACCUGAGAACAGAAGAAGAAGUAAAAAAGGCUGUUCUGGCACUGAAGCAAAGCAAGACCAAAGUGGAAGCCAUUUUGCAGGGUGAAGACCUUAUUAUGACAUUUCAUGGGAUUGGACAGUUUAACAAUCAAGUGAUAUAUGUGAAAAUGUCAGAGGAAAACCAGAAAAUGCUUUGCAGAAUUGCAGAAGCUGUGGAAAAAUCUUUUAAUGAAAUGAAUCUCGACAUUUCAGGGAGCAAGGAUUUCAAACCACAUCUUACUUUUUUAAAGCUUUCCAAGGCACCAAGACUGAAAAGAAAGGAACGUCUUGUGCCAAACCAGUGCAGUGAGCUGUGUUCUUCCCCCAUGUGCAGCAACGGACUUCUGGCAAACUGGUCUGUACCAAGGCACUACUAUUGA